AUGCCCAACGAUCUCGACAAGUCCCUCCUCGAUCGCCUAAAUGCCCUACGAGGCAAAAGCGCAGGAUCCGACAAACCCGUAUCAACAGAAAUAAAAGUUGAUCUUAUCGAGAGGAAAAAGACUCCUACUCGUGAAGAUACACUCGCCGCUCGUCUCAAGUCCUUGCGAGAACGCAGCGAUGAACCAUCUCCACCAACCCAAAAGUCAUCAAAGCCCAAAUCUCAACCUGAAACUACGACCCAAAAGGAACUGCCUAAAGAUGAAGAAGAUGAAUCAAUGUUUCAGACAGAUGACCAAACACUGGAGGAACUUCUAGGCGAUGUUAAGCCAGAAGAAGGUUUCAGCGCAGAACCAGACGAUGCACAGGUCAAAGCCCUACUAGAGCAACUUGCAGACGCAAUACCGAAAGACACAGACGAAAAACAAGAUGACUCGGAUGAUUCUGACGGAGAGGCCAUGAACAAGGACGUCGAUCAAGUCAUCGCUCGCUUUCGCGAUGAGGUGGAAGUAGACGCUGCUCUCGCAAAGACGAAAUCUCCAGAGCCGACGUCUGACUCUGGACCCAACGAUACAGAGACAAAUAUCGCACUGCCAGAAGUUCCCUCUGACCUCAACGAGAUUCCUUCCUCGGCUCGUGCAGGCAGCGCAGAUAUAGACGACAUAACCGCCCGUCUCGCCGCUUUGCGCGCCCCAUCUCCAGAUGCCGAAUCAUCCUUCGCCUUACCCUCUGUCCCAACAUCCAAACCCUCAGGAAAACCAGUAAAUCGUCUAACUACACGUACAAACUACGCCGACGACGAUGUAGAAAGCUGGUGUACUGUUUGUCUUGAGGAUGCGACACUACGAUGUCCUGGGUGCGAUGAUGACGUUUACUGCACGCGGUGCUGGUACGAGAUGCAUCGUGGACCACAAGCUGGGUUUGACGAGACAAGUCACAAAGCGGUGCAAUUCACAAAAGAUAAAAAGACGGAGAAGAAGGAAAAGAGAAAGGUGGCACUCGGAGCUUAA